AUGGAUUCUUCUCCGAUACAGAGCUCACCCUCAGCACAGCUGGCUGCGAUGAUACUGAACAGUCCAUCCUCUGCCACAGUGGAUACAACAGACUUGAACAGUUCGCCCUCAGCACUGCUGGUUGCAAUGGCUCUGAACAGCUCGCCCACUCAGAAUGGCUCACCUGAUGUUCUUGCUGAGCUUUCUCCUUCUCAGUCUUCCUUAUCGGUCGACACUUCCCCUCGGACUCCUCGCUUAGUUGAAAGUUAUUCCCCCACUGCAAGCCCUCCCAACACGCCUUCCCCACUCGAAAGGCACCGGUCUAGCAACUUGAAUCGUGUUCCUUUGCAGCUUUGUGGUGAUGGGGGCACACUGUCUCACCAUCCCUCUGAGGAGAUACAGCACUUGCCACGAGAGCCAUCGCUCCCGUAUGAAGCCUGGGAAGCGAUCUUUUACGCCACACUUUCCAGUACCUCGAUGGAAGAAUAUGACUUCUUUUAUGGUGAUGUUUUCGAAAAUCCGGAGACCAAAAAGACUCUCUCCACUUUGAGACUGGUGAACCGAACCUGGAACCGGGUUGCGAGCCCUCUCAUGUUUCGUUGCCUCCAGGCGGUCCUUGGAUACUCUGUUGGUCGACCUCUGGAAAUCAUCCUUAGAAUUUCGGAAAGUCAUCAUGCCAUGUCCGUGCGUGACGUGCGUUUUGGCUUCGUGGGCGCAUGGCUGCCCGGACUGGGUUAUGAUCGGUACAUCAACGAUCUGGCAGCAGGAGCUCUUCCAGUUCUAAUCAGUCGUUUCCAGAACAUUCAAACAUUGCGAAUCCAAACACCUCCCGUGGUAGAUACCUUCAGUGAAGACGGACAAAUCAAGCCGCAGAUGCUUGCCAAGUUCACGAACGCGCUUGUGCAUUCUUUACGCUUUAUGCCCGUCUCAAGACUGAGAUGUCUCCAUAUUUCGAUGCCAACCACCGCGGAAUUUGCUCGUUUCUUUGAGUUGAACAGCUACGCCAGGGACUUCGUCGAUGUGUUUGCUCAAAUCCAGGAGCUACACAUCACCAUUAAUGACAGCACUGGCCCCGAUGGCAGACGAGACCCGAAAUGGCCCCGCUCAAUCGUCAAGACCAAGUACCCAGUUGAUCGGUUUUCUCCGUAUCUUAUCCAACUCAUCGCCUACGCAAAAAACCUCCAGGUACUCAACCUGGAAGCUCGUACCUGGUUCGAUGUGUCUGAUCUGGAAGCUGAAGGCCUCGCCAAACUGAAGAGCUUGCGACUCGAAGGUGUGAGAAUCAAGGACACAACUCUGAAGAAUAUUUUCCUGAAGGCUCGAGAGACACUGCUUCGGAUUGAAUUGGUCCACGUUCGGCUCAUGACUGGUACCUGGGAAGAUGCUUUCCGUUUUCCUCCCUGGAACAUGAUCUGGCUUCGUGUUGAUGGCUGUGGCUACUCGACGACGGGCUCCAGUGCCCAUCACAUUGGUUAUUCGUUCAUGAAUUACCCAACAGCACUCUGGACUCUGCAUGGUCGGGACUGGUUGGCUCUCACGCACUGGAGAGCGGUGGUGAAUGCAAACCGUCGUCGCAAUGGACUGCCUAACUGUCCGCAUUGUUUUUUCCCGGGUGUUAACCCAAAUACCAAUCCCCCCUAA